CCCAUUACUUGGGGAAGGAGGGGAGAAAUGAAUGAGUACACGAGAGAAGGGACGAAGAGUACGCGUGGUUGCUUUUUUCGUCCUUCCGCGGCCACAGCCUUCCCCAAACCAGCCACGAACCAGAGUCCAAUGGCGACCUACGGCGGCGUGCUGCGGCGCUCCGCCGCGGUCGUCGAGCGCGCCCGCGACAGCGCCCGCCGCACCCGCAAGGCCCUCGCCCGCUUCGCCUGUCCCCAGGCCUUCGCGGGGCCGCCCGACGCCGAGGCCGCUGCCGUCCGCGCCGUCCGGAACCUCCGAUCCUUCCGCCUGCACUACGCUCUCCUCCUCUGGGUCCUCCUACUCGCCUCCCUCUUCCCCCGCCGCCGCGCCACCAUGCUCUUCUUCAUGGCCGCUUCCAAGGCCGCUUUUUUCUACGGCGUCCUCCUCAAGGCCUUCCCCAACUCCGCCCUCCUCCGCCAGGUCCUGGACCGCAGGCUGGCGGCCGCGCUCGUGCUGGCCGUGGUCGGCGUCGAGCUGGUUAUGACGCGAGCCGUGCCGCAGUUCCUGCUCGCCAUGGCCAUCGGGCUGCCGGUCGUGCUCCUCCACGCUGUGUUCCGCGUGCGUGACGAUCUGACGGCCAGCAGCGAGGAGGCGGCGGCUGCUGCCAACGGUGGCGAACUUGGACCGAUGUUGGAGGAGAAGCAAGAUCUUGAAUUGGGAUCCGAGGUGCGGUUCUCGAGAUUUAAGAAGUGGGUGAAAUUAAUUGGAUACAAGUUCUUUUAUUGCCAAAAAGCAAAAGCCUAUUGGCAAUCUGAUUCAGCUGAUGAAUUGCUCUUGGUAACCAAAUGCUCAGUGAAGUUCCUCUAUGCACCUUGCCUUCCUGUUCUCUACUCCGGGUUUAUCCCACAGGACAGGCAUAUGUGAUGGUUCCAUUGUAGCUUGCAGUCUUACAGUAUCUGGAGAUUCAAAGAAGUCUUUUGGAACUUUCAGAUGUAAACUGGUCGUAUUGACUUGUAGUUCAAUUAUUGCCAUGUUAUUUCUGCUUGCUGCUGACCUGCAAAAUGUUGCUCACUUGAGGAUCGCCAGCUAAGGCAGUGGUUUUCUUUGGGAAGUAUGGACUGCCAUAAUAGAAUUGUUAACUGAGAUCAGAAAUAUUGAAUCGCUAGCAGCUCAUCAACUUUACCAUCCAGGUUUAUUGGAAGUCAGAAUUUUCACAAAAUGCACAGAGCUUGGUCUCAUACGGGAGAAUUGACUGUCAUCCAGGUGCUGUGGAAUGGAAAUGCAUCAGUUGUGUUUGUACAGCACAAAAGAGUGUAAUGUCUUACAAUUUUCAGUCUGUUGAACAAAUGUUGUUGGGAGCAAAGUUAAAGUUGGAAGCACAAUGCCUGCAUAAAUGGUUUUCUGUUGGCUAUUGGGAUCUUGUCUUUGUCAAAAUCUAGAAAAAGAAGAAAUAUUAUGAUUUCAAUUACACAUCAUGAUUGUAAUGACCUACCUCAUGGUUUUGGUUGACAAGGUUGCAAACUUGGUAAUGAGACAAUUCAUUUAAAUAGUGAACAUUCCUGCCUCAUAAGCAGAAUCCAGUAUGCAUAGGCCAGGUAGCAUUUGAUGUCCCAUUAUUUGACGUCCAAGCAUCAAGCACAGCUGCGAGACUUGUAAGCUUGGCCUUCACAGACACAACAGUUUGAGUGCACUGUGAUCACUUGACCAAAAUCCUUGCUGUUUUGACAGAAUCCAGUGAAGCAUGUGGUGUCUAGGUACCUCACUUUCAACCCCAGCCACCUGAAAACACCUGCCCUCUUCAUCCUCAGCAGCGCCUCUUGAUCAUUCAUGCGUGUGAAGUUGUGUUUUGAUGCAUUCCAUUCAUCAAACAGUGCUGUAGUUUUGUUGUUUGGGGUCACAAAGUAGAAGCCAGUGUUGAAGAAGUUGGAAUCAUCAAAUGUCUGCCAUUGUAGAAGUUACUACUCAUCUGCAGGGAUGACUUGUGAGGCAUAUUCUUGCUUACUUGGAAGAUGAAGCUGUAUCCACACUUGAGGAUGUCGCCAAGGAAGAGUGUUCUUCUCCACAUCAUUUCAAUGAAGUCAUCAGACAUGUAAAACACCUCCUCAGAGAAAUCAACACCUUCCAUCACCAGCUUGUAGCAGUUGAGUCCCAGAGCGCAGCACUGGUUGAAGGAUGUUUGAUCGACUACAAUGAAGAGGAGGUGUUUGAUCAAGAAUUAUGUGCAUUCCCCUUCUCAAAAACUUUGCAGGAAGAGGUUGAGCAUGCCAUUUUGCUCCAUAUACGCCUUGUUCAGUAUUGCGAUGAUCGUAGUCUUGUUCGUCACGGAAACUCUCACCAGAGCUGCUUCUAGUUUGUCUUUUGGUGAAUCAGGUGAAAGAAAGUUGUUGAUCCCUCAGGCAUCCACAAGCAGGUGUAAAUGACUCCCAAAACAAGAAAAGAGCUGAUGACGAGUGCCAUGGCACAGCCGGACAUAUUAUUGGAGAGUCUCAUGAUGUAGAAUGUGUCAAGGAGACACCUGCAGAUCCGCUUGAAGUGGUGUAGAAUAUGGCUUCUCGCAAGAGAUAACGAGAGUAGCUAUCGAAAUCUGAUUCUACACAACUGUUCUUUCUUUAUAUGAAGUUCAGGCUGUAACCAAGCAUGGAAGCUUGAUCCCGACACAACAUGGAUUAAAGGAAUCCAACUCUUAGAUUUGCUUUGGUCAACAACAUGUAUGUGAAGCAUGUAGAAGACUCUUCGCCUUCGCUUUGUAGAAUAGUCUCUCUGACCAACAAUGCAAAUACUGGGUAUUUUAUUUGGAAUGCUGUGGGCGAUGCAACUCAUCAGAUGAUGCCAUUCUCACCGUCGAACCAAUCAAGGAUCCGAUUUGUGCAGUUCUUUCAUGGAGAUUGUGACUGAAAUAAGCACAGGUGAGUUCUUGAAUAAUCCUUCUAAAGUAUAGUGGUGUCCAAGGUUCAUCAUCCAUUCUGUGCAGAACAUGGUCAACUUGAGCAUUAUGAUCUAAUGAGAUAUGCUACUGUUUGCAUGAACUACUAGAUUCAGGAUCCUUCAAAGCCACGCGCGUGGUUAUUAUUCCGACGCCUUGAUGUAGUGCUCAAUUAAUCGAUAUUGGUAUUUGGUGGACACGUUGGGGUUAUAUCUUCCUGCUUUCAUCUUUCCCACACAACAUAGGAAGGCUUGCAUGGAGGAGACACUGCAGCUUGCUCGACGCUGCACGCAGAAGCACACCUUCACUGCGCCGCCCUCCAUUAUUCUACACGAGAAUAAAUUCAAAUUUAAACUAAGGUGUACUAAGAAUUCAAUUCAAAUGUGACUUUUUUGU